ACCAGUAGGCUCGAUCACACACUAAUAUAAACCCAGCCUUUACUCUAUAUAUAUACCACUUCUUGCUUAUAUCCCUGCAUUGCCAAUUUCACUUUGAAAUUCCCAGGAAUAAUAAUGGCUUCAGCUUCUUUUGUCCAGUUCAUUCUUCAACUCUUGCUAGUCAUCUCUUUGUUUAAUGUGUGUUUUGCUUCGAGAAAGCUUAAUGCUUUAUAUGAAAACCAGCCUAACCAGCUUAUGCAAUACCACAAGGGCUCACUGCUUUCCGGCAAGAUUUCUGUCAACUUGAUCUGGUACGGCAAAUUCAAGCCAUCCCAAAGAGCCAUCAUCUCCGAUUUCAUUACCUCUCUUUCCGGUUCCGAGAAAAGCCGGCCUUCUGUGAAUACUUGGUGGAAGACGACGGAGAAGUACUACUCCCUUGCUAAUUCCAAGAACCCUCUUUCGCUCUACUUAAACAAGCAAGUCCUGGACGAGAGCUACUCGUUAGGGAAAUCGUUGACUCAGGAACAACUCGUCAGCCUUGCCUCCAACGGCGAGCUCAAGGACGCUAUCAAUGUAGUGUUGACAGCCGCCGAUGUCUCCGUCCCCGGGUUCUGCGUUAACCGCUGCGGAACCCACGGUUCUUACGGUUCCAAAGCUGCCCGCGUCAAGGGGAAGAACAACAAGUUUGCCUACAUUUGGGUCGGCAACUCGGAAACUCAGUGCCCAGGAUACUGUGCCUGGCCGUUCCACCAGCCCGUUUACGGCCCGCAGAGCCCACCCCUGGUUGCGCCUAACAACGACGUGGGUUUGGACGGAAUGGUGAUUAACUUGGCCAGCCUGCUCGCCGGAACCGCUACAAACCCAUUUGGAAACGGGUACUACCAGGGAGAGGCCGGCGCGCCGCUUGAGGCCGCCUCCGCAUGUCCAGGAGUUUAUGGAAAAGGAGCUUAUCCGGGUUACGCCGGUGACCUGUUGACCGACCCGACAACUGGUGCAAGCUACAAUGCACAUGGUACAAAUGGGAGGAAAUACUUGCUUCCUGCUUUGUAUGAUCCUUCCACUUCAUCAUGUUCCACUUUGGUAUGAGAGUAUGUAGAAUCGAUCUGCUAAUACUUGUAGAGUAGACUAGUAGAGUGAUUAAUAUAUAAUAUAUUCUUUUGUUUUCUUGUUUGACAUUAAAUAAUAAUCUACAAUACAAUAUCUCC